GAAAUUAUUUGGCGAAACCUAGUGAAUCAUGAAAAAGUCGUCACACAUACUUUGCAAACCGACAGGCCAAUAAGAGAAUGUUGUAGUACAAAGACACAGAAACCUACAGGAGGGUUGGGAAGCUCUAGCUGGUCGAUCAUUCGAAGUGCCUGGCUGUCUAGCAACACAGAGUAUGUAGAGAAAAACUGGUAGUUACAUCACGACAAGUUUUUCCACGAAAGUAAGUCUCCAUAGAUCACCCGAAUCGGACCAACAGCUGAAAUCGGGGAAUCUGCGGGUAGGAAACCUUGUGGCGGAUGAUUGACGAAACGAGCACUCGUCGCCAUGCAAAGUUACAAAGUACCCAGAUCGAGUGGAGCCACAGAGAGCAACAGUUCGAGAGGGGGAGGGGGGGGGGGGGAUUAGGGUACUGAAAAUGGCAUUCAUGGGGUGCCAAGCCUUGGUUCUGACGGCGAUUGUCUUCUUGAUUGCCGUUCCUAUCACGCAGACUCUGGCUGCUCGAGAUUCUACAAUCAAUGAUAAGGCAAUUCCAUCUCUGCAGUCCCUUACUUAUUUUUUGCAUGCAAUUCUUGAUUUGUCGUGAUGCAGAAACGUCCUCACGGUGUCUUGUCGUUCCCUCCCCCAUUUAAGGCAUCCGUCAACAUCAAAGCGAUACGGGAGGAUCUUCUUGCAUACUUCAGAACGCUGAAGCUUGUACGAUUUUGCAGCAUGAACCAAUUCCAAGCAAUUAAUUCAUUCUAUGAUUUUUCGUUUCAGGUCCUUAGAACGGAGUUGAUUCACAGAGAGCAUCCAUCUUCGCCGUUAAGAUCAAACACUUCGAAAACCACGACCGAAAUCUUCCUCGCCGCAGUGAAGAGGGGUGCCGAACGCAGGGCGCAGCUCUCCAAACAUAUUCUCGCCGAGGGGAGACUCUUCUCAACUCCAGUUGCUUCUGGUAAUGGAGAAUAUUUGAUUGAUAUAUCAUUCGGUAGCCCUCCACAAAAAGCCUCUGUCAUAGUGGACACUGGAAGCGACUUGAUAUGGACCCAGUGCUUGCCUUGCGAAACCUGUAACGCCGCGGCCAGCGUGAUCUUCGACCCUGUCAAAUCAUCUACCUAUGAUACCGUGAGCUGCGCCAGCAACUUCUGCUCGAGUUUGCCGUUCCAAUCAUGCACCACAAGUUGCAAGUACGAUUACAUGUAUGGAGACGGCUCCUCAACCAGCGGUGCUUUGUCCACUGAAACGGUAACCGUCGGCACAGGCACCAUCCCAAAUGUCGCUUUCGGCUGCGGCCACACCAAUUUGGGAUCCUUUGCCGGGGCAGCAGGAAUAGUGGGGCUCGGUCAAGGGCCAUUGUCUCUCAUAUCCCAAGCAAGCUCCAUCACCAGCAAAAAAUUCUCCUACUGUUUGGUGCCGUUGGGGAGCACCAAAACUAGUCCCAUGCUCAUCGGUGAUUCGGCUGCUGCGGGAGGUGUCGCAUACACGGCCUUGCUAACCAACACCGCUAAUCCUACCUUUUAUUAUGCUGAUCUCACAGGGAUUUCUGUCUCAGGAAAAGCCGUGACUUAUCCUGUAGGAACCUUCAGUAUCGAUGCUUCCGGACAGGGAGGGUUCAUUCUAGAUUCGGGAACGACUCUUACUUACCUCGAGACUGGCGCGUUUAAUGCUCUCGUUGCGGCUUUGAAGGCAGAAGUUCCAUUUCCAGAAGCUGAUGGGUCCCUCUACGGAUUGGAUUAUUGCUUCUCCACAGCAGGAGUGGCCAAUCCAACCUACCCUACCAUGACGUUUCAUUUCAAGGGUGCAGAUUACGAACUUCCUCCAGAGAAUGUCUUCGUUGCUUUGGACACGGGGGGCAGCAUUUGCUUGGCCAUGGCAGCAAGCACGGGCUUCAGUAUUAUGGGCAACAUCCAGCAGCAAAAUCACUUAAUUGUGCACGACCUAGUGAACCAACGUGUCGGCUUCAAAGAAGCAAACUGCGAGACGAUUUGAUAUUGCAAACGUUCGGUGAAGGACAAGUGCUGCCACAGAUUUCACUCCCGCAACUUGAUCAAAUUCUUCAACCUCGUCGACGUUGUGCAACAUUAGUAGAAUACCUUGCACAAUCUUUGUAGAAAUCAUCAACAAAUCAUGCAUCCAAGCGUAUCCUGCUGCAAGGAGACGAAGAAGUAGGUGCAGCUGCUUCUACAUCCUUCACUACCAAAGGAUCAAAAAGAAAAAAAAAACCCCUAGAAGUAGCAUGGCAGAUGUUGAACAGGAUUCUCUUUACAUGGACUCCGAUUGUGUACAUAGCCUGCAUACUUAACCAACAGAAUGACUUCAAUUACUAUGAAGUAGUAUUUAAUGUGCAUCUCUAGAAUUAACUAAAUUGACCCAAAUUUUUAUUAAAGCAACCCACUCUAUCUUCACCAUCAUUGCUCCCUUGCAACCCCAUCCUUAUUCAUAGUUGUUCCUUAUUCCCAACCAUUGCUAAAGAUGGAGGCAAGAAUACAAUGAUGGUUUAAACAUGUAGGUCAAUUUACUAAAAAUUUGGGUUGCUUUA